GAGCCGGCGCGGCCCCGCGGAGGGCGGCGGCACCGCGGGGCAUGGGGCCCGGCGGGCGGCAGGGAGGAGCGGGGCUUUGGGCGCCGGAGUGAGCUCAGGAGCCGGCAGCAGAGCGUGCCCUCCCCGCGCCCCACCGCCCCGCCGCUGCCGCCACAGCCCCUCGGGUGAGACCUUGCGCGGUGCCUCCUGGCCGGCUCGGAUGCCGUCAUGGGGAGCCACUUCUCCAGCAUCCCCGCGCUGCCCCGCGGAGGGCAGGGCCGCCUGCACCGCGCCCGCCACCACCACCUCAAAGAUUCCAUAGGUGGGUCAUUUUCUGCUUCCUCCCACCGAUGCCAUCACAAGCAGAAGCACUGUCUCCCCAUCCCACAGUGUGGAACUCUGUCCAUCAGCCCUCUGCUUUUCCAUCCUCACACAAAGGGAUCCCAGAUCAUCAUGGACACGACGCAGAAGGCAGUGAAGCGCCAGGCUAGUUUCUGCAAUGCCAUUACCUUCAGCAACAGGCCCAUUGUAAUUUAUGAACAAGUCAGGCUUAAGAUCACUAAAAAGCAGUGUUGCUGGAGUGGAGCUCUUCGACUUGGGUUUACUUCCAAGGAUCCAUCGAGGAUUAACCCUGACACUCUGCCGAAGUACGCGUGCCCUGAUUUGGUUUCUCAAAGUGGUUUUUGGGCCAAGGCUCUGCCAGAAGAGUUUGCAAACGAGGGAAACAUCAUAGCCUUCUGGGUGGACAAGAAGGGACGGGUUUUCUAUCGGGUGAACGACUCUGCUGCGAUGCUCUUCUUCAGUGGGGUGAGGACGGCAGAGCCCCUCUGGGCUUUGAUUGAUGUCUAUGGACUCACCCGCGGAGUGCAGCUCUUAGACAGUGAGAUCAUUCCUCCCGACUGCCUGCGGCCCCGCUCAUUCACUGCGAUCCGCCGGCCCUCGCUGCGGCGUGAGACGGAGGACACACGCCUCUCCGUUAGCCUUUGCGACCUCAACCUGCAGGAGGAGACCUUCCAUGUGACAGCCACCACAUGUCCCAUCCCACAGAACUCCCUCAACUCCCAGCACUCCCACCUCCUCUCCUCCCAGCUGGAGAGUGACCUCCGCUUCCAUCACCUCCGGGGCCCCCAUGUCAAAAUCCUUGAUGACCAAACCGUGGCCCGUCUGGAACACGCCCGGGAGGAGAGGACUUUGGUUUUCACCAGCAGACCCCUUCGGAUCAACGAAACCAUUUUUGUUAAAAUCAACAAGUCCAACGCCGUGCGCAUGGGGACGCUGUCCUACGGGGUCACGUCCUGUGACCCCAGCACCUUGCGCCCCAGCGACCUCCCCUAUAACCCUGAGUCCUUGGUUGACCGAAAGGAAUUCUGGGCCAUCUGCCGAGUCGUGGUGCCCCUCCAGAGUGGAGACAUCCUGGGAUUUAUGGUGAAUUCGGAUGGUGAGCUGCACUUGAGUCACAAUGGUGCCAGCACCGGCAUGCAGGUCUGCGUGGACUCUUCCCAGCCCCUCUGGAUGUUCUUCGUUUUACAUGGCGCGGUCAUGCAGAUUCGAUUGUUGGGUUCCACCAUAUUAGCCGAGCGGCUGGGGCUGUCCACACCGAGCUCGCCCACAUCGACACCCAACUCCCCCACUGUCCUCUGCAGCGGUGUCUCUGACCCCAUUUUGUCUACAUGUGGCUCUGGCCCCCUCUGCAGCUCUAUCAGUGGCACAGCUCCCAACUCUCCAAUCAGCUUGCCUGAGUCACCCAUCUCCCCAUCCAUCUCAGGGCCCUGGGGAGAUGAAUGCACCAUCUGCUAUGAGAACAUGGUAGACACAGUCAUUUACUCCUGUGGACACAUGUGUCUCUGCUAUUCCUGUGGGUUGAAGCUCAAGAAGAUGGCCAAUGCUUGCUGCCCCAUUUGCAGACGAGCCAUCAAAGAUAUCAUCAAAACAUACCGCAGCACCUAGAGCAGCAGCAGGUGCUCUUAGUGGGGACUGGACAGGUGGGGAGGAGGCUGUGAAACAACACAAGUCUUGGUCUCAAUCAUCCACAAGAUUCAAAAACUAUCAUCAACCGCCACUAUGAUCCUCCCUUACAACAGAUGAGACAAGCUUAGAUGCUGCUCUUCUACCCUCCAAGCAAGCCCUGGGGCUGAACUCCAGUGUGUCAGGGAAGUUGCAAUGGACCACUCGCCCUUGUGGAUUUUAAACUUUCUCUCAGAAGAAAAUCCAGCUGGUGCAAUCAUCCCUUUUCUACACCUACUCAGAAGAGAGGAGUCUCCAGUGUUUAGCAGGGACAGCAGUAAAAGAUUCAGUUCUACACAUCUCUUUCCAGUGACACUCCGUGUGUGGAUAACAGCUUAAGAGGAGACAUGAGCAACGUGUUUCUGUGUACAAAAAGCCUGACCAUAGGAAGCCUCUUAGAAACGACAGAGCAAGGCAAACUUUGACCCAGCAAGGGAGGUGCAAUGAGCACAUUCACUGUGGGAAGGCUGGGUCUAAUGCAGAAAAGGACAGAAGAUUUGUGAAGUAAACCCCACUCCAUUUCUGCAGGCAGGACAGCUCUAUGGCAUCUCCUUGAGGGCUGUCCAGCCAUCCUCCCUCCGUGUCUCCUGGUGGGUUUGGCAGUCAACACUGGCUUUGGCCUCGCUCCCUUCUGGUGGUGGCCAACCACCACCUGUUGCCAUCCCACUGCACGAUGAGCAGCUCUCAAAACCCACCGCCACUUUGUGCGCAGUCUUCGGGCCUCAGGAGGGAUUCAACAGCAUCUCUGCACCCAUGGGACUGCAGAAGAGGUGUCUCUGCUACCUUUGCUUCCUCUCCCAUCCAGACAGCAUUUGUGAGAAAGAAAAUAAAAGGAUAUAUUAAAAAAAAAAGGAAAGGAACAACAACCCCAAGCCCACUAGGGAAGAAUGUAUAAACCCAUGUGUCUGCGGGUUUCAUUUACUGGUAACUUUAUCACUGUGCUUUAAGACCAAACCAACCAGGUGGUACUCAGCCCUUCACAGCCAGCCUGCCAGCAGGACAUGGCUGUCCUUACACCUUAGGAAGAAAGGAAAGAAGAAACCAUAACAUGAAGGGUUUGGUUUGCUUUGGUUUAUCUAAAUAAAUUCUCUUCCCUCCUGCCCUCUUUGGGAACCCUGCUGUCCCCACGAUGGGUGCCAGCAACGGCAGCUCCCACAGUUGCCGUGACAACCAUCACUCAUCAUGACCACCAGCCUGGCCCCAGGCUGCUGGCCUUCAGGCCUGGGCAAGGUGUCUCCACAGCAGCAGGAGCCACUUCCACCGCACUCCUCCUGCUUUCCAGGGCCACACAGAAAGCAGAGUGUCUGCACCCUGAGGUGCACAGCAGCAGUAGCAUUCACCUCACCCACCAGGCCAGGCUGGAGAAGACCAUGAGGCUGCACCCUUCCUGCUGAGCCUUUUCCCACCCGCCAGCAUAGAGUCACUGAUAGAAUGUUAGGGAACAGCAUGGCAUUUAAUGUACACAGCUGCUCACUGCUGGGGCCAUCAUGUCCCACUCCCCUCCAACAAGCAGCAGGUGGGUGAAGGAGCACUCUGUGCACUCCCAAAUGCACCCUGUCCUCUCAAGAAACUGAAGGAGGGUGCUAGCUGGAGAGUGCAUGCUAGAGCCUUUCUAUAAAGGCAUCACCACCCUUGCAGACUACCAUGGAGUUCUGCAGUCCCUCCCCCCCCCCCCCCCAGCCUGCCCCAGUGGGUAGUACCAACUUGAAUGCUAUUAUUUUGGUUACAGGGAUUUACUUUAUUUCUUUGCAUACCUCUCAUGUGCACCUCUAAUCCAGCCCUGCACUCCAGGCCAGCUGUCAGAAGUUCCAGAGCAUCAUUGCUCCCAUGCCCAGACUCACUUACUGAGGGGCAGGAGGAGGGCAGGUUGGCACGAGUCUGGGGGAAGUCACAGCAGCUGUGCCAGGAGCAUGGCAGGUCCACAGGCAUGCAGCCAGCCUCCAGCUUGCCUGAGGACAGAGCUGGCAGCAGCAGCCACAGGAAGCCUGUUUUGCUAGUUAAACAAACUCUGGUGCAAACAUUUUGGAAAGGAGCACCCCGUGAGCUAGAAAGGGGUCAGUGGAAUAGUGGAUGUAGGGAAACGUGCAAUAAGCCACCUCCCAGGACUUAACCGCAGCCGCGGGACCAGCUCCCCUCUGUGCAGGGCAAGCCAAGGGGUAUAUUUCCUUUUUAAAGAAACUCCAUCCCUGGGUAUCAGUGCAGUGGUGUGAAUUCCCUUCUCACCUUUGGCAUUCAGAGUGUUCUAAUAUUUAAUUGUGUUUGUUUUACUGUGGACCAAACUCUGGGAGUCAGCAGAAGCUGAAAGCUUCCCCAGCAUCCAAACUCAAAAUUGGGGUUAAGUCCUGCUCCUGGCAUCACCUGGCCUCUGGUUGAGAGCAGGGAGGAGGAGAGCAAGGCUCUUUCCAGAGGGGCGGGGGGAGAAAAAGGCAGCAAAAGCAGCAACAGUAACAACAAUACUAACCUUUUGUUUUGUUUGACUGGUGUAGGUUCCCACGUACCUCUGUGUUCUUGUGUCAUUUGCAUUUCAUUGCUUUAUUUUAAGAUGUUUUGUGUUCUGUUUAAAGAGAAUAACAACUCAUUGUGAACAAAAUUGGGUAAAUGUGAUUGUGAAUAAAGUUCAUUUAGGUAUCCUGCA